AUGAAUGGCGAGGCCGCUUCCGCGAACCAGCGGUUGGGCGUGGCCCGGAAUGACGCUCUCCAAGGCGCCACGCUCGCAUUCCAGCACUCCAGGGACCCCUCGCCCAAUGUGAGGGCUACCAAUGUGAGGGCUAGUUCUUCUGCUGCAAUGGCAAGUGAUAAUCGUCCUCUGAGUCGCCAGAGGACUGGAUCCGAUGCCCCCGAAGUGGGCUCCGUAAAGGAUAAAAUUGGGAGAUUGGCCAGACCACUUUCGCCUACGGCCAGUACAUCAUUAAGUGUGAGAGGACGACCCUCAGCCGCCUCUCUCUCCUCGACCUCCCAAAUUGCGGCACGGCUCGCUGCGUCAAGGUCCCCUGGGCGGGACACCAGUGUUCCGUCGACAACCGCCAGACUUGGCGCAGGUGCAGUACGAAGUGCGAGUCGGGUGCCACCCUCACCAGAAAAGCGACAGCUACCAGCACCAACCCCGCUGCGCUUGAUCCAAGGGAGAGAUAGUCCCUUAGAUCGCAUGCUGCACGAAAAUGGCUUAAAGUCCGACUCAGAUCUACCUAGCUACGGGCGCUCUCCAUCCCAACAAUCCAGGGCAACUCUAAAUUAUCACGAGGGUCGAGAACCGAGCCACCAUCCCUCCUUUGAGCCUCGAAAUUCAUCUGUACCGCCAAAUGAGCUGAAACCAAGGCUUCCACCACGUGUGCCCCCAUCACGAGGGUCUAUGAGAAACCAUGGAGCUGUCGCAAUACCCAAGCGACCUUCGACACCGAGCGAGGUAUCUAUAUCAAGCCAGUCACAUACGACAACAAGUACCUCCAGCCUAAUAGAUGACUCGAUUGGCAUGAGCGAAGAAUCCCUCUCCAAUGCUAUUAUUGCUUCAUCCCUCGCCUCAGCACGAGCAUCCCCAUCUAUCAAGGCUCCCCCGCCGCUUCCUCCGCAGCGACGAGGGGCACGAUCCAUUCUACAUUUGGCACACCAAUCCAAGAGUGAUUUGUCAAGGACACCAAGUCCACCGAAGAGCAUGCCGAUGACACUCCGCGGCAUGCCGAAACCCACCGCUACCGACCACCGAAAACACAGAAACCCCCUGCACAAACACCCCCACAAACACAAGGAGGGCGACCGUAAGCGCUGGCGACGCGAGGUCACCGAGAAAGAACGCAAACGGUACGAAGGUGUUUGGGCUUCUAAUAAAGGGCUUCUCAUCCCUCCUGAUCCCGAUGGAACCGGGCCAUGGCCACCUAAUGCUUCGGAUAUGGUUCUCAACCUGGUGGUCCGGGAAAUCUGGUCCCGCAGUCGUCUGCCAGAAGCGAUUUUGGAGCAAGUGUGGGAUUUAGUCGAUCACCAACAUAUCGGACUUUUAGCGCGUGAGGAAUUCGUGGUCGGAAUGUGGUUGAUCGACCAGUUUUUGAAGGGACACAAGCUCCCUGUGAAAGUUCGGGACAGUGUCUGGGAUAGUGUGCGGCAUAUUGCGGGUAUUAAGCUACCCCUUGGGAAAGGUACCUAG